UUUUGCGUGACAGAGAUCGAAACCAGGUCGGGCGAUCUUUUUAUUUUUAUUUUUUAUUAAAUGUAUUUCUUCCUACGUGGCUGUGAUGCACUGCUCACUUAUACAAUCGUAAUCGCCGAAAUGGAUAUGAACGGAGGCUUGAAGAUCUCCAGCAAUAUGUUUGUGAAUGUGUGACGAAUCUGGUGAGCGAGACAGAGCCCCGCUGCAGAUGUGAAGAGAACACAACACACGCACGCGUAGGGAAACCAGUAGGUUUGAAAACCAGUAGGGGUGUAACACCGGUACCGGAAGCGGCGGCAGGUGAGUCCGGGGCCCGGAGCUGCCAUGACCCGGCCGGCAGUCUGACUGGAAGAUAAUGGCUGCAGAGCUGUUUCCCACCAAGAAGCUGGUCACCUCCGCCUCAGCGAGCAGCAGCACCUCCUCUUCCUCCUCCUCCUCCUCCUCCUCCAUCCAGCAGCACCAGCAGCAGAACCUCACGAACAACAACACGAGCACCGCGGCGCAGGGCGGCAGCAGCUGGCAGGGCCUGUUCCCCACCAUCCGGGAGAGGAAUUCAGUCAUGUUCAACAACGAGACGAUGGCAGACGUUCACUUUGUGGUCGGGCCGCCCGGCGGCACGGAGCGGGUCCCGGGGCACAAGCGGUUGUCGAGGUCGGGUCAACACGUCGGUGAUUGGAUGAGACGCCCGGGCAGGACGCUCCGUGUCUCGGCUAAAGCCGUGUGUCAGAUACCCGAGAACUCAAAGUGAAAAUGUCAUAUUGGAACAAAGCAUUCCUGACCGAAGACGCCCAGAGAAGGAAGGGAGAGUCACGUGUAACUGCACAUUUAUUCAUGGUGUGAUGGUACAUUAUGAUCAUAAUCCCACAAAGACACACACACACACACACACACACACACACACACACACCAAUCUCUGCAUUGCUUUGUGCUGAUUGGCUGAUCCGACCUCGUGUGAGGAGGCGGGGUCUGAAUCUGUCACUGUCUGUCCUUUUGUCACGCUCAAUGUUCCUCAUGAUUAAUCUGUUUACUUUGUUGAUAUUAUUAUUAAUCCCAGAGGUCAGAGCGUGUUCAAACGGUUCGUACGGGAGUUGAAGAAGACGAGUCUCUUCCUCACUUUCCUGCUUGACCCCGACGACGUUUAAAAAACACUUCUCGAUGUUUUCCGAUGCGCGGCGCGGGGCAGGUUGUUCUGGCUCCGUCAGUUUUACGUUAAAAACGUUUAAAUGUCGCUCAUCUGACUUUUUCUCUCACGACGAUCCGACUUUGAAAACGUUCCCGAGACGUCAACUUUUAAAAAAACAGACGCAAAACGAAGCACCUGCUUCUGUUUUCACCUGUGCAGGUGUUUACUGUUGUUGUUGUUGUUGUUCCUCCGUGACACUCGGAGCAUCACCGUAAAGACCCCGUGGGGCGACGUCUACCUGAGCAGACGACAACGCGCCGCCAUGUUGAGAGCCGCGCGGAGGCAACGGACGAGCUCUGAAUUCCGGAUUAUAAGACGAAUAAAUAA